AUGGAGACUCUGUGGGUAGGGCGUCAGAUUCUUGUCGGUGAAGGACCGGUCCACCAGUCUAGCGUCGUCGUCAUCUCGGUAUCGACCGAGCCGACACCACAGGACAGCUGCUAUGGAGUCUUGACUCUGGGUGUUGGCCAAGGUGCCCAUACCGCAGGUGAAAGCUGCCAACAAUCAGAGCUCAUAAAAAUAACCAUAUCCGCCGGCGCCGUGCGAAAGGAGACAACAAAAUAUGAACAGCAAUCCUGUCCAACAUCACAGGCGCCUGUCCAAGCCCACGUGGUCGCAUUCCACCUGACCCGGAGCGACACUGAUCCGCGAGGCGUAGAUCAGGGAAACAAGACCGACCGGCCGGGUUACGACCCUGCUGGACAUCCUUCGGUGCAAGGGUAUGUGAGGAAACGAAAUGGCAUUCGUUGGGACGACAAGGACAACAAGCGCCGGAGGGAGAGGGAGGUCGGUUUGGCGGGUGCACGUUGCACAGCCGACAUGUGGGGCCCGGGUAGCGGUCUCCGAGAAGCGCAGCAGCGAAUGAAAAGGCAUCUUCAGUGGCGCUACUCAGGGCUGAGCCUAUGCGUGAUUGGAUCAGAGACCCGCGGCCGCAGGAAACAUUUCUCCCGACGCCCCCAAAAACAAACGCCGACCGGGAUUACCAAUUCGACGUUCCCCAUCCUCCAUCCUGCUUCUCCAACCUCGAAAAAGAACUCCAAGCCCUGUCAAUUCUUACCGGACUACACUGCUCCCGAGGAGGAACUUUGUGAGCCAUGGCACGUGGGAGCCGUGUCUGUCCGUUUUGGUCUGGGUCUUGUCAUCUUGAAAGGCUACCUCAGCUGGGCUAGCGAGUGA